AUGGAAGUAGGAGGAGAACAAAACUGCACCAACUUCAAAUCAUGGCAGGAAGAGAUUUACUGGACCCAUUUCCAGUUCAUCCAUUUCACCCAAUUUCUGCACUACGAUUUUCAACAACAACUUGCACUUCCCAAAACAUUUUCGAACAAUGUAAAGAAGAAGUUGCCAGGAAAUGUGACCCUUAAAAGUCACAGUGGAGUUGUGUGGAAUAUAGGGCUGACAACUAGAGAUGAUUCUGUUUACUUCACGAAUGGUUGGCAACAAUUUGUGAAAGAUCACUCUUUGAAGGAGAAUGACUUCCUUGUCUUUAAGUACAAUGGUAAAUCACACUUUGAGGUUUUGAUCUUUGAUGGAGAAUGCUUUUGUGAGAAAGCAGCUUCUUACUUUGUUGGAAAAUGUGGAGAUGCUCAAACUGUAAAGGGAGGAGGACAGAAAUGCAGCGGCUUCAAAUCAUGGGAGGAAGACAUUUACUGGACUCAUUUUCAGUUCAUUCGCUUCACACAAUUUCUGAGCACCCAUUUUGAACAACAACUUGCAAUUCCUAAAACAUUUUCAAACAAUGUAAAGAAGAAGUUGCCAGAAAAUGUGACCAUCAAAGGUCCUAGUGGAGCUGUGUAUGAUGUAGGGCUGAAAACUAGAGAUGAUACUUUGUACUUCACGAACGGUUGGCAGAAAUUCGUGAAAGACCACUCUUUGAAAGAGAAUGAUUUCCUUGUCUUUAAGUACAAUGGUAAAUCACACUUUGAGGUUUUAAUCUUUGAUGGAGAAAGCUUUUGCGAGAAAGCAGCUUCUUAUUUUGUCGGAAAAUAUGGACAUGCUCAAACAGAACAAGGGGGUGGUGACAAGGCAAAGGAGACAGACAAUUCUGUAGAAGAAGCCAAUAUGGCUUAUAAGGGUGACGCAGAAUGUGGUUUGCAUGAGAAAUUUCGGCAUCUUAACAAUAUAGGAAAACCAUUAGCCGCACCUUUUGGAACUACCAAUGAAAAGUCUUUUAAUGCUGGUGUUGAAUUUGCUUCACCUGAGCAGGUCAUGGCUGAUGCAGUCACUAAGACUUCAUCUGCAGCGUUUCCCUCCCAACCAACGGGUAAAAGAACCAGGAGACCUGAUAAUGAGGCUACAGCUGUCCAGAAUAACCGGCGAGGAACAUCACCAAUAGCAGGUUGGAAAACUAACUUUUUUAGUAUGCUUAGCGCAAAACAUGGUGUCGCUAGCCAUGAGACUUCUAAAGAUAUGCCAAUGAAUCCUAAAGUCAGCUCAAAACCCAAACACAAAGCUGGUUUGUCGGAUAAAAAGUUGUCAAUGAUUGGUCAAGAAGCUGUUUUAUCCACCGACUUGAAGAAACUUGGUGGAGCUUCAAAUACUCCGAAGAAGAUGGGGAUUUGCUCCAUGUCGAAAACUGCCCAUAAAAAGUUGGCUACACCGAAGAGACACCGUGUUGAAGAUGAACUAAUCUCCCAGGCUAAAGCUGAUUUGAAAAUGUUGGCUUCACUCGAAAAACAAAAAGCAGCCGAAGCUCUUAAUUCCCCAUUUCCUAAUUUUGUGACGAUCAUGAAAAAGUUAAAUGUCAGUGGAUCACGUACUUUGAGAAUCCCACAAGAGUUCGCUUCUGCACAUCUCCCCGACUACAAAACAGAAAUUACGCUUCGCAAUUCAAGAGGGGAAUGUUGGACAGUGAACUCCAUCCCAGAUAGUAAAGGGGGAAAAGCUCACACCUUGUGUGGGGGAUGGAUGUCCUUUGUUCGUGCUAAUGGCAUAAAUAUUGGCGACACGUGCAUUUUCGAGCUCGUUUCUCAUCUUGUCAUACAGGUUCAUGUAUCUGGAGUUGGAAAGGAAGGUCUUGACCAUCAAAAUGUGAAUGUGAAUCUUAAUGCUCCAUCUACCUGCUAA